AUGUCUUUCUAUGAACGCUUUUCCAACCCCUCCCAACCAGCACCAAGUGGAGUGGGAAGAACCAACGGUGGAGGAGGUCAAGGUGGACCAUCCAAUGGAUCUGCUCCCACUGAGGGACAGAACCAAUUCGAUUCCACCGAAAUGACAACCGCCACUAAUGGUGGUGGUUCCUUACAGAAUACCGAAGCCCCUGCCCCAGCAACAGACCCCAAGGGUACAGGUAAAGGCAAGAAAAACAAGUGGGCAAAAGUCGACUUGAACGAUAUUGCACCAAUGGCAGGUCCCUCUAUUCCCGCGCAGCCAAACCUUAAGGGUGGAGGCAACUACAGGAAGGAACAAUCCUUCGGUCUCCUCGUUGAGGACAAUGUUGAAGCACCUCGUCCUCAUGAGGGCCCUCAUCGUGGUGUCAAUAUUGACGGAGAGUCACUUGGCGAGAUCGCCGAUCGCUUGAACAAGCUGGAUUUGGAGAAGGCUAGUAAGCCUUUAACGGAAUUCAGACUCUUCCCGAAACUCUCGCCCGAACUGCGCUUCAAGAGUUGGAACAUUGCAGCACGUUCCUUGUCGCCUCGAAUCCUGGAAGUUGUAUUGUAUCCGGAUUUUCCCUACCCACCAGGUGGCCAAAGAGAUAACAUUGACAUGUGCGAUCCCAAUGCCAUAUUACACGCCACUCGGGAAUCGCGUUCCGAGGCCCAACGCGUGUACGAAAAGCGAUACCUCAACAACUUUCCGGAUAAUUUCCCCUAUCACCAGAAUGACGAGCGUCCAUGGACAUACUACAACCCGUAUGUCGAUGUCAUUUUCUUUGGCGAUGGAAUAUGCAUUAUGCCGCUUGUCAGAUUUUUCCGUCAACAUUCCGAGGAAAUCUUCCCUCGGCUAGCUUUCCGAUGUGCGGAAUUCAUCGGUACUUGUAAGGAAAAAUGUACCUGGGAUACCUGGGAGUGGGGACACGGUGACGAUUACAGUGACUGCCGUCGCGGAGUCGGCAUUGGAGGCGGCGGUAUUGACAUCAUGGGUAUUCUUCACGGAAAAUAUCGGGAGAUUGCCCUAAACUUGCUGGUUCCUGGAGUUCCGAGUGUAGAGGAGGUGUUUUUCGUGGUCAAGACGGAGUGCAUGAAGUUCCCACCGGGACGGGUGCCCAGCAACUUGACCUUCCGCCCUGCCAUACACAACGGCCUGACACGAAGUCAGCAGCGGAAGAGAACUGAAUUUCAAGCUGAAGUUGACAUAGCUAGGGCCGGAGAAGGCGUUCCUGGCUGUGGUACCAAUAGAUGGAACGACCAUCCUCCAACUUUCAGCUUCGUCUCCAUGGCUCCUCCAUUAAAAGAUGGCAAGGGUAAAGACCUAAAGCACGAUGCAAUCCAUGUGCCAAGCGAGCAAUUGGGUAAAUUGACCUAUCGCAACAACGAGUUCCUUAUAGAUUUAGCUGUCAAAGCUAAUCUCGAGAUCGUACCUAGCGCGAGAGCAUACGCUGGUGAGCUGAAUCGAGAAAUCGGCUUGUACAAUGGUACUGAAGAAGGCAUUGAGCUAGCAAAGGAAGAGAUCCAAAAGCAAUUGCUUGUGGAUAUCAACGCCGAUCGUCGCGGUUCCAACCACCAAGGUGGUUCUCGUGGUCGUGGUCAAUAG